UCGUCGCACCUCCCGCAAAUCCGCUACCAGCCAUGUGGACUCAUCCUAUGAAAUCUACUGCGUUAAUUUUUAUGACAAUGGCUUGACUGCAGUGCGGAAUGAGUUUAUCAAGCAAAUAAAAGUUGGCCUUAGACGUUUUUUAUUUGUGAUUGACUUGGAAAAUGAAAUACAAUCGGCGAUUAAUGCAAAUGAGCUUAGCAAUCGCAUGUCCAAAUUUAAGAAACAAGCGGACAUGAAGCCCACGGAUCCAAUCGAGUUGUCACUAUUGUGCAUUAAAAACUGCAUAGCCGAAUAUAAUUUUGUUACCAAACAAAUCGAGGCAGAAAUGAACUUUGAUUUAUUGAAAUAUUGGGAAAAGCAUUUACCCGCCGAAUUGAAAUUUAGGCCAUAUGAAGCCAGCAGAAAAGUAGGCCGCGAAUCCAAACGCAAAGUAUCUCGCACCUCAAAAGGCACUGAUGCAGCUCAAAUGGAAAAGAUCACUUGCUUUGGCAUUACAAGCAGGGAACAUAAUGUGGUGGGCAAAGGCAAACCAUUUUCAAAGCGUUUGUAUAUUAAGGAUCAACCAGCAAAUACAAAAAUUUUGAUAAUCAUUCUUGGCAACUUGUCUAAUACGUUUUAUAGAAAUCUCUUGCUACACCAUCAACCACUGAGCGCUAUUAUACACUUUCUACCAGAAGAGUGUGCCUACGAUCUACUAGUGCCUCGGCCACGUCGUGAUAAGCAUCUGCGUGAAACCAUCGAACAAAUACAACAAGAUAUCCAUUCGCUCUGCAAGCGCAAUCCAACUAAACCUGUGGGAAUCUUACAGCAGCAAUUACCACAAAUGUCGACCUGCCUGGCGGCAAAAUUUGCUAGUGAAAUAUUUGAUCAGCUCAGUUGGUACAUAUAUGAUGUGGAAACGCUUAAAGAACAUUAUAAGGAAUACUAUGUGAAGCCCUACAAGACAAUCAAUGUCAAAAUGAAUCCUGCAGCGGAUAUGCAGGAAAAGUAUCUUAUAGCAGGCGCACUGAGCAUACAAGGACACUAUCUUAAAGCUGAAAUGCCUGUUGCCCAUAACGAUGAUGCUUCUAUAUAUCUAUAUGUGGAGUCAUUGCUGAGCACCUUUGGCAAGCCCCGUGAGUUGAUGACCGAAAUGGAAGUGCUGCUCCUGGCAAAUCCUUCACCGCUGGUGCAGACCAAAGUGCUAGACAAGAUCAAGGUGUAUGCGAAUGCGUUCAAGAGCAUCAUAAAGCUCUUUAAGAACGAGCGCUUGUUUGUCGAGCAUACCAAUAAGUUGUUACGUUGUAUUGUAUCCUACACAGAUCAACAUCUAAUGCGAAACAUUUAUCACGGUUGCUUGGAAUAUAAUAUAGUGCGUCGCUAUUUUAACACCGGUUAUAUUCUUAACACUCUACAGUAUGCACCAUAUCAAGGAGUAGUGGAGCCCAGAUAUUUACCCAAGUAUGCUAAGCUAUAUCUGACCGAUGAUGCGGUUGUUCAACGCAUAACAGAACUGGUAGAUGAAUAUGACGACUACACCAUCGAAGAAAUCUAUCCAGCUGUAAAGCUUUUUACCUUUAAACGUGGUCUUAAUGAGGUUUUCGAAAACGAAAAGCAGAUUGUGAUACCCACCCGUUUGUGUUUCCGAGACUUUACAUUGUAUGAGAUGGAACAGUUUGUUAAGGACUUAGUUACGCCGCAAAUGUUUGAAGAGGCAAUCGAACAAAGGACCGAAGGUUUUAGCGAAUUACUCAGCGUAUAUCAAGUAGGUUCAAAUACAGAUAAUCAUGCAACACCAUAUCGUUGUCGUGAAGGCAAAUACCCUAGCGUCAUACCAAGUAUGUUUAUUCGUCCCGAAUCUCUAAAGGCGCGCAAGCUGGUUGAUGAUAAAAAAGAAUCGAAAAUGGAAACCCUGCCUGCCAGUGGCUCAAAGACACGUAUGAAAACCAACAAUUUUGGCGGCAAUAUGCGCUCUGCCCACACAAUACACUCAGAUAAGUUGUCGGAGCACCUUAGCGUGAAAGAGCUAGAUUAUAUGGGACUCGGACCCAAUCAUCCCAUGCUAACAGGCUAUAAUCUGGACGAUACACGUCAAACCAUACGCACCAAGCUCUCCAAGUAUUAUUUUGAGGAGGGUCUACUUAAUUUAUACGAAGAGAAGUGGAACUUUCGUCAGAUGAACAAGUGUCUAUCGUUCCAGAUAAACAGACAGACCAUACACUUUACCCAUACGCCCAACAAUAUUCACAAUGUGGCGUCAAACGUGCGGAUCGAAACACCUCAUGGCAUUAGCUUGAGAAUUAAGCCUACAAAUGAUGAAUGCUGUCAGGCAGUGCUUAAUUAUCCCAAUGGACAAACACUCUAUUGUCAUGAUACGCAUGCGGAACUUUUGUGGAAUGGACAGGAAAAUGAACUAAAUGAAACCCGUCGUAUUAACACACCUUACGGUUGUGUUAUUGUAUUUUAUAGAAACACCGACAUGGUGUUGAUUAUGCGCUAUAAUGGCGAGGUUUAUCGUUUAUAUAGCUCUCCGUUUGAAGAUGGCGAAGAGGAAGAAGGCGUCAUAGAGGAGACUUCCGAAUUUAUGAACGCCUGUUCCACGCAGUCCACUUACAGCAGUUAUAAACCGCUGCCCACCGUUAAGACUAGCAAAAAAAAGAAACGCAAGAUAAAUGUGCCUGCAAAUAGUAGUCGUAACACAGGAGGCUCUGAUAAUUUAAGCAAAAAAAAAUCAGAUUCAUCAACCUCAUCGCGCACUUUACAGGCUAGAGCAGCACGAAAGAAGCAAGAGGAUCAAGCAGCAGCGCUUUUCGCCAGCAUUAAUAGCGAACUAAAAUUUCUCAAGUUUAUUAUUGACCUCUUUAAAAUACAGUAUAAUUUUCUACAUCUUACCACUUCGCUGGGCAGCGUAGUGCUCGUGGAGCAGACUGAUAAAAUCAAGUGUUCCAAACCCAUACGUCUUACCGAGUGGCAUGACUAUUGUCAGAACGAGAGCUAUUCCAUGCGAGAUGAUGGCGUUCGAAUUAUCUGGGGUAUAGACGGCAUGCGUUGCUAUCAUAGAGAUGGUACCGUUAUCAAUACCACCACUGUGGAAAGUAUAAAUCCAGGUACUACGCGUGUGAAGGAUGAAAUUGAUCAUCAAAUUAGCUCAAGCAGCUCACAUAAAGUAUUCGACCAAGAGGACGAAGGGGAGGGCAUUAUCUAUAUCAAUGCACCGGAAGGAACACCCUUUGAUCCUACUGUUGAGGAGCCAGCGAUCCUAGAGCAACACUUUGGCUCAGAUGUAACUCCAGAUAAACCAACCAUAGAUCAAUUCCUAUUCUCAGAAGAAGCCGAGGAAGUGGAAUUCAUCGAUAUGACUUUUGUGGCACAUUUACCCUCCAGUUUUAAUAUGCAGCAUAAAAUUUAUCCAGGCACUCACUUUUGUGUUUCGUACAUCAAUGAGCAAGAGCUGAACGUUGAAUUAAAAGUUACAGCCGCUGACAACCUUAAAUUUCACAUAUUCUCAUAUCAUCAUGACGAAGAACCACAAAUGCAUAGAAGUCUGCUUAGACGUGACUCGGAUAUAUCUGGAGAGCGCGUCUCAUCGGAGCCCGACACUGAUGAGUGGACACAAAGAAAGCAAGGAGAUCAAAAACUUACACAAUUUCCCGACUGUACAGCCGUGGAGAUACAGUCAUGCAAUUUAAGCAUGUUGGUGCGUGAAGUUGAUGUGGAAAUUGUGGCAGUUAUGCGAAAAUACGGUUGUGAUCACAAUGCCAAUGUGGUGUGCGAUCUAGUUACACUUAAGCUGGAGUCCAAACAAGGCUUGGAUGAUGUCUUUCGGAAAUGGGUUGAAGACUUAAAUGAAUUUAUACAUUGUGCCUGUCCCAAAUGGCGUUAUGCGUAUUUCUUGGAAUCUACCGCGCAGGAUUGUCGUAAAAAGGGCUUCGAAUUAUUUAAAAAGAUGCCUUGUUUGGGACAAUACAGCUUUUGUGCAGGCAAUUACGCUAUUGAUGCAGUAGAACUUAAGUCUGUCAAUGCGCUUAUGAGAAACAACUUUGAUUGGUUUGAAAAGGAUAUGCUAAAAUUUCCACGCUUUCGCUUACCACACAAAAGUCCACCGCCAGUACAAGUUCCUAACGUGCUAUCCACUAAGGUUUAUGUGGAAAUACCAGUACAGCUGGCCAACACUGAUCGUAUACAUUUAUUUAUCUAUCCGUUUGAUAAAAUCAAGUUUCGUAAAAUGAAGCAUCGAUUCACUGAAGCCGUGCUAUUUCAUUUACAUCCUCGCAUGCGCCUGUUGGUUCAAUCAGAGAUUAGCAAACGCAGUUGGCGCAAUCAUCAUCUGGAGAACCAGAAAUUGUUGUUUAAGGAGCAGCAACGCCUUAGCCUUUACAUUGCUAUGCUAAAGCAUAAGGUCUAUCCGAACUACUUCCAGUUUAAGGAUCAAUUUUAUAGUCAUGUUCGCAAUAUUGACUUUGUUGAAUUUAUGGCUUCAAAAUGCAACGAAAAGGUGAAUCCCCAACAUUAUCAAGACCCGCCAAGGAAAUCGGAAAUGAAAAAUCGUGUUAGUGAGGAACCCUUUUCAAACAAGAAACGUAAGCGAAAAUGUCUGUGCCCAAAAUACUUGAACAGCCUGUUAUAAAUACAUUAUUUAUUAGUAUUAUCAGUUGUGAAUAAAACCUGUGACAAUU